AUGGAAGGGUUAAAGGUUUCAGAAGCCAGCUUAAUCGUUCACAUUCAUCCUUCUAAAAGCAAUCAAGUUUCAAAAUCAGUUCUUCGUGAACUCAGCACUAUGCUUUUCACGUACAACGAAGUCUUCGAUGGUAUCGUUUUGGCUUACGAUGUUAACUCGUUAGACAAAUGCGCGAAGAUCCUUCCUGGAGUUUAUCCUUAUUUUGGUGUUAAUUUGAAGGUUAAUCUGUUACUUUUUUCUCCCAAGCCAAAUAUGCUUUUAGAAGGAAAGGUAGUGAAACUUACACACGAGUUUAUUCAUGUUGUUAUGCUUGGAUUUGCUUCCGCGAUUAUAACGGAGAAAGAUAUCAGGGCAGAGUUUGUGUACAAAAUGAAACACGGGCAAGAAGUGUAUGCGAGCAACUCUCACAAGCGGCACGUGAUAAAGGUUGGAACCACGAUAAAAAUUUUGGUCAAGAGGUGA